GAUACCAACAGAAAUGGCUGAAAGAGCUCUUUUUGAAAGUUACCUGAGCUGCCAUGUGUGUUCAGAGACUUUCAGAGAUCCUGUGUCUCUGAGCUGCAACCACAGCUUCUGUUCAAGCUGCCUGAAGAAAUUCUGGGAACAAACUAGAAACAAAAACUGUCCUAUGUGUAAAAGAAAAGCAUCAAAGGAUCCUCCUUGGGUGAACUUUCCACUGAAGGGACUGGCUGACUCCUUUGCUGGGAGACAGAAAUCUGGAUCAUCUGAGACAGAAAAAGAAGAGAAGAAGCUGGAGGUGGUGUGUAGUAAACAUCCAGAAGAGCCUAGAUUGUUCUGUAAGGAUGAAGACAGAGCUGUGUGUCCUGUCUGUGAGUCUUCUCUCCACCAGAGUCACAAAGUGGUUCCUAUAGAACAAGCAGUCAGUGACCUGAAGGACCAGCUGAAAUCUGACUUACAGUCUCUGCAGGACAAGAGGGACAAAUACAAACAAGUGGAGAAAACAUACAAUGAAGUGAGUCAACAGUCCAAGAAGCAGCUGUUGUCCACAGAGAGACAGAUCAGAGCAGAGUUCAACAAGCUCCACCAGUUCCUGAAAGAGGAAGAGGAGUCCAGACUGGCAGCUCUGAGGGAGGAAGAGGAGCAGAAGGGGAAGACUAUCAGCAGAGAGAUGAAGAGGAUUCAGGAGCAGAUCUCCUCUCUGUCAGACAGUAUCUCUGCUGUUGAAGAAGAGCUGCAGAAACACAAGGUGCCAUUCCUCAGCAGUUAUAAAGCCACUCAGACCAGAGCCAGAGUCCAGUGCUCACUGUCAGAUCCACAGCUGCUCUCAGGAGCGCUGAUAGAUGUGGCCAAACACCUGGGCAACCUGUCCUUCAGAGUCUGGGAGAAGAUGAAGGAGAAGGUCCACUUCACUCCUCUCAUUCUGGACCCAAACACUGCAUACUACAGGCUCUAUCUGUCUGAUGAUCUGACCAGUGUGAGACGUGGAGACACAAAGCAGCAGCUUCCUGAUAAUCCAGAGAGAUUCACUGACUGUGCAGAUGUUCUGGGCUCUGAGGGCUUCAGCUCAGGGAAACACAGCUGGGAGGUGGAGGUGGGAGAUCAUCCUGUCUGGACUAUAGGUUUGGUUAAAGAGUCAGUUGACAGGAAGGGAGAGAAAUUUGCUUCACCAAAAUAUGGAAUCUGGUGUUUAUGGCAUGGUGAUGGAAAAUACACUAAUGGAUCUGGUCAGACUGUCAGAGUGAAGAAGAGUCUCCAGAGGAUCAGAGUCCAGCUGGACUAUGACAGGGGGGAGGUGUCCUUCUACGACCCUGAAGACAAAAUGACUCACAUCUACACUCACAGAGACACUUUCACUGAGAAACUCUUCCCAUUUUUCAGUCUUGGAAAGGCUGGUGAUGCUAAAACUGCUGAUAUCAAAAUCUGUCCAACAGAUUUUUCUCUGUAAUGUUCAGGAAUGUUAAUGUUUGUUCAGACUUUAUUCUGAUUUCAUCAUCUAUCUAGAUCUCAGUGGAAUCAUUUAAAGUAAAAAGUUGUAAAUAUAAACUCAAUACUGGAGCUGCAUUACAGGUGAUAAACGUUCAUACAGGUUUAAAUCAGUUCUAAUGUUUGGAUUUUAAGAAACAGAUUCAGUGUUUUAGUGACAAAAGUUAUAAAUAACAAUUUAUCCUGAUUAUCAACAUUUACUUUUAAAAUCAAAUCUUUUAGUAUCUUUCAUCAGUUUUGUUUUUUAUUUGUUGGUUUUUAUUGUUAUUGUUAUAGUUAUUUCAGUUUUAGAUAUGUUGUUUUAUUAAAUGUUGCAAUGUUUUAUUUUCAUUCAGUCUUUAAUUCUUACUCUGCUUCUUCAUACUGUAGAUGAUAUUUUGUAGUGAUCACAUGGUGAAUAACAUGAAUGAUUAAUGUCAAAUUGUGAUGAACAAAAAGGAAAUACCAGCAGAACAAUUUAGUUUGUUUCCUCAAUCAAAUAUAUUAAAAAUAAUCAAAUGUGCAUCAGAUGGAUGCUGCUUCACAUGAUGUGUAAUUAAAUCAGCAGCAGUUUAAUUUACAGGUUUGUGUUUAUGU